AUGGCGGCCGCCGUAGCCGACGGAGAGCUGUCGAGGUCCGCCAUCGUGUCCGACAGGGCGAGAGGGCGCCAUCUUCUCACGAUCCACGGCUACUCCGAUACCAGAAUCACCGCUCCCACCGGAAAGUGCGUCAAAUCCAGACCCUUCACCAUCGGCGGCCAUCGCUGGCGCAUCGGGUACUACCCCAACGGCCUCAGCUCGGCGGUCGAGGAUUACGUAUCCCUCUCGCUGGUGCUAGACGAGGAUGUCGCGGCGGCUGUGAAGGCCCAGUUCUCUUUCUGCCUCGCCGGCGACAGGGACGAGUGCGAGGAGGAGUUGUGGCAGGAGUUGAGCCUCACAUGGUCACCGGUGAAGGACUUCGCUUCCUGGAGCGGCUGGGAGCACCCGAAGUUAAUCAAAAGUUGGGACCUGCAGAGCUCCGAGCAUCUAAACGUUUCCUUCACCAUCCGGUGCGACAUCAUUGUCUUUCAUGAUUGCCGCGCGGUGGAUGACGCGGCGGCCUUCGUCUCCGUGCCCCCAUGCGACCUGCGCCAGCACCUCAGCGAGCUCCUCGAGAGCGACAACGGCGCUGACGUGGUGUUUGAGGUCGGCAGUAAGAUCGUCUGUGCACACCGGUGCGUGCUCGCUGCCCGCUCUCCGGUGUUUGCUGCCGAGCUCUUCGGACCCAUGAAGAAGGGCAAUGUCGAAGGUGUCAUUCGCGUAGAAGACAUUGAGCCAGAUCUGUUCAAGGCUUUGCUUCAUUUCGCAUACCCCGGCUCAUUGCCAGAGAUGAGCAAUAAGGAAGACGAAGAAGCCGUGUACCAGCACCUACUCGUCGCGGCGGACAGAUACGACAUGAGGCGGCUGAAGUUGAUCUGCGAGGAGAAGUUGUGCAAGUACAUCGAGGUCGGCACUGUGGCGACCAUCUUGGCGCUAGCCGAGCAGCACCGCUGUGAGGGGCUCAAGAAGGCAUGCCUAGAAUUUCUCACUGCUCCAAAUAAUGUGAGGGCUCUCGUGGCCACGGACGGCUUCAAGCAUCUGAGCACGAGCUGCCCUUCUAUUAUGGUUGCGCUCAUGGCCAUGUUGCGCAUUAGUUGA